AUGGAACAUCACGAUGAAACGGAACGCAACCUGUUGAAACAAUCCAACCAAAUCGCUACCUUGGACGAAUAUUUUACAUGGACACGGCGAUGCGAGGAAUUUAUUGAGCAGCUCGAAGAAGACUGUUGUUCCAAUCGUCCGCGGCUCUCAAUCACAGAUGAGAGCCGCGUAAACAGACAAUCUUUAGUGGCAAGAAUCGCGCGACUCGAAGGUGCGAAGACUCUAUUACAGAGACGGUUCGUACAUAUCGGUGGUGAGUACGCGGCGGGCGCCGCUAGUAGUGACGAUAACGCGGAAAGACUCGUUUGGCGAGAGAUCGAUGCCGCGUUCGAAAACCGUGUAUCGACCGGUGCGGUGAUAAAUAUCAAUUACAUCGAACCGCGAAAAUUUCUCGAAGACGCUGAAGUCAUCGUGCUCGAUCGUGUGCGGAACGUCAUGCAAAGACACGCAAGUGUAAAGAUAAACACUGUGUUCAACGGCGAGUUUGUGACGGGUGACAAACGUGCGAACAAAAGUGUCGGCACGGGAAACUAUGAACUCUUUCGUGCGUCCGAUCUGCGCGAGUGGUACGAGCGACACGUUAUCGAGUCUACUUUAUCGCGUCUCGAAGAGAUUCAGGAACGCGACACCGGGUGGGCGUUGUCGCGUAUACUCAAUCUGACUGUGAACGUGAACAAAUACAAUCCUUUGCACGCGGGAUGUUACAUCAAUUUACCGCAAGAAAUUAAAUCGAAGAAAGCGGUGAUCAACGUGCAUUCUAUGGACAAUGCAUGCUUCGCGUGGUCAGUGGUGGCUGCUUUACAUCCAGUUGAAAGACAUUCAGAACGGGAAUCCUCGUACCGACAUUACACAACAGUAUUAAAUUUACAAGGCAUUGAGUUUCCAAUGAUUUUGAAACAGAUUAAAAAGUUCGAACGACUCAACGAUAUAUCCAUCAAUGUGUAUACCAUCGAGAGAGAGAAGACGCCAACCGUUCUCCCGAUACAGCUCACCGACCUGAAGAGAGAAAAGCACGUCAAUUUGCUGUACGUGCAGGACCCGCGAGACAACAACGUGGGGCAUUUCGCGUGGAUAAAAAAUCUAUCGCGUCUCGUUAGCUCGCAAUUGAGCAGGCACAAUGGUCGGAAAUACUUUUGCGAUCGUUGUUUACAUUAUUUUAGAUCGAGCGAGAAAUUGGAAGCCCACGGAGUAGACUGCCGAGAGAUAAACAACUGUGCGAUCCGACUACCGAGCGAGGACGACAAGUGGCUGAGUUUUAAGAAUCACAGCAGGAAGGAACGAGUUCCGUUCGUCGUGUACGCCGACCUGAAAUGUACCCUCGAGAAGACGGAUGCGGAUUCGACAACGUCCACAUACACGUCUCAACAUCAUCGGGUAUUUAGCGUAGGAUAUUACGUGCGGUGCUCGUACGACGACUCGUUAUCCGCGUAUCAAUUUCGUCGCGAUAAGGAUUGCGUCGCGUGGUUCGUCGAGGAACUAAGACGUUUAGCACACGACGUAAAGAGUAUCUUAUCCGGUAAUGUUUGCAUGACGGAAUUAACGCGAGACGAGCGGGAGAUAUUUCACAGCGCGACGCAUUGCCACAUUUGCGAAAAACCGUUCGAGCCAGACGACGUGCGAGUACGCGAUCAUUGUCAUCUGACCGGUCGUUAUAGAGGUCCCGCGCAUUCCAACUGUAAUCUAAAUUACACAGAUUCGCAUUACAUUCCAAUAAUUUUUCAUAAUUUAUCGGGUUACGACGCGCAUUUUAUUAUCAAGGAAAUAGCUACAGCGUACGAAGGACACGUAGACUUACUUCCAAUCACAAAAGAAAAAUACAUUUCAUUCACGAAACACGUUAAAGAUACCGCAGAAAAAUCAGAUUCGCGAAGCGACAUAAAAUUACGGUUUAUCGAUUCGUAUAAAUUUUUGAGUAGCAGCCUCGAUAAAUUAGCAUCUUUUCUAUGCAGAGAUAAGUUAAAAAUUGUACGUUCUCAAUUUUUACAAUUAUCGACCGAGGAUUUUGAUAUUUUGACGCGAAAAGGCGUAUUUCCGUGCGAAUACGUGGAUUGUGUGGACAAACUGGAGGACACGUGUUUACCACCGCGCGAAUCGUUUUACAGUUCCUUGACCGGUGACACCGUAUCCGAGAGCGAUUACGAGCACGCCGCUAACGUCUGGCGACGGUUCUCUGUUCGAACCUUGGGCGAAUACAGCGAUCUGUAUCUAAAGACCGAUGUCUUGUUAUUGGCUGACGUUUUUGAAAAUUUCCGCGACAGUUGUAUAGCGAGUUACGGACUCGAUCCCGCGUACUACUAUACUUUGCCAGGUUUCACAUGGGACGCCAUGUUGAAGCAUACUCGCGUAAAUUUCGAACUGCUCACCGACAUUGACAUGGUUAUGUUCAUUGAACGCGGUAUACGCGGUGGUCUGAGUCAAUGUUCCGGCAGAUACGCGCGGGCCAACAACGAGUACAUGCAGUCGUACGAUUCAUCGAAACCGUCGUCGUAUUUGAUGUACUUCGAUGUAAACAACUUGUACGGCUGGACGAUGUGUGAGCCACUGCCCUACGCGGAGUUUCGAUGGGUCGAAGACGUUUCGAAUUUCGACUUUAGCGCGAUCGCUUCGAAUUCGCCCACGGGUUAUAUUCUUGAGGUCGAUCUAGAGUAUCCGCAGAAUAUACACGACGCGCACGCUGACCUACCGUUCUGUCCGACGCGCGACAAACCGCCCGGCAAACGACAGGACAAACUUCUCGCCACGCUGUACGAUAAGAAGCGUUACGUCAUCCAUUAUCGCAACCUACAGCAGUGCACGCAACACGGCAUUCGGGUCACAAAGAUACAUCGCGUAUUGCAAUUCACUCAAUCUACGUGGCUCCGCACUUACAUCGAGCUCAAUACGAAAUUUAGAACACUGGCCAAGAACGAUUUUGAGAAAAAUUUAUAUAAAUUGAUGAACAACGCGGUUUUCGGGAAAACGAUGGAAAAUGUUCGCAAUCACGUCGAUGUAAAAUUACUGACAAAGUGGAAAGGUAGAUGCAACGCGGAGGCACUGAUCUCGAAACCAAAUUUUCAUAGCAGGAGCGUGUUUUCGGAAAAUCUGAUAGCCGUUGAACUGCGAAAACUCGAGGUUAAAUUUGACAAACCUAUUUACGUCGGCAUGUGCAUUCUCGACAUAUCGAAAGUCUGUUUGUACGAAUUUCAUCACGAGUACAUGUCUCCCCUGUAUGGUGACAUGUGUAGAAUUAUGUACACCGAUACGGACAGCCUUAUAUACCACAUCGAGUGCGAGGAUGUGUACGAGAACGUGAAACGCGAUAUCGUUAGAUUCGACACGAGCGAUUACGCGAUCGACAACGCGUACGGUAUAAAGCUCGAGAACAAAAAAAUGCCGGGCUUGAUGAAGGACGAGAAUAACAGUGCGAUCAUGACCGAAUUUGUUGGACUCAGGGCGAAGAUGUACGCGUUGAGAGUGGAUGAUGUCUGCGAGACGAAAUUGAAAUGA